AUGGCUAUCGAGUUCUUGUUAAAUCCCAGUCUUCAUUUUCCAGAUAAAAGACAUAGAAAGCAACAUGAUAAAUGUAAAAUGUGUUUUACUUUAGAGACACCACAAUGGAGAAGUGGACCCGAUGGACCAAGUACAUUAUGUAAUAAAUGCGGACUCUACUAUAAAAGACAAACAAGAAAGAAAAUCCAGAAUUGA